UGAGAGGAGUCCAGUCUGCUCACAGAGCAGCUCCGCAGCCCCCACCCCUAACACCACCUGGCACCCUGUGCAGCCACCCAGUUGCCCCGAUCUGUGCAAGCGCCUUUGGCCAGGCUGAACGGAAGCCGGCAGCAGUUCCGGCUCUGAGGAACUGGAGAAUGUGUGGCCCCAGCUGUCCUGUCGCGGACCAUGGGGUGCGUGGACGAGCCACCGAGAUCGCACCCACACACCCGCCACAGCAACCCAGCCGGGCCUGGGGUGGGAGCGUCUUCCCAGGACAGCCUCCGGUCAUACGGUCAUUCACUCCUGCCCAGCACCUGCAGGCGAGCCGGUCCCCAGGUGCUCCCAGCCUGGCCGUGACCCCUGCUGCCGGGCCUGGCCGUGACAAAGCCCACACCCCCGUUCUCCGUGCUGCUCAGGGAGCCGGAAGCCUCCCCCUGAGUCCCCCGAGAGCCGAUGGCCCCGAGGUCAGAUGUGACCGCAGCACCCCAGGACAGGCCCAGGAUCUGCCUGCGGAGGAGGCCCCAGCACGGUCUCAGCUCUGCCUGGGUCAGCGGAGAGCCGCAGAAGGAAGCGGGCGCUCUUCUGGCUUGGGAGGGUCUGGAGCCGCUGCCCAAACCCUCACAGCUGUGUUUAGCAGUGGUCAAAGGAAGCUGCACAGAGUCGCACCUGGCACCAAGCUUUGCUGCCCGUUUGGUGCUGGUGGAAUGAACUGCACCGGCCGUGUGUCACUGGCUGCAGGCAGCUCAGACCCCUCCAGAGACCCAUGCAGGACGGCGGGCACAGAAAGCAGGGCUUCUCCCACCUGCCUCCCAGCGGACCCAGGCAUCGCUUCCCACCAGUCAGCUUGCACUGAGGGUGACGACCCUAGCAUGGAGGCCCCCGGCGGGUUAAUGUUUUUCUGCCCACAAACCAGUCGUUUCCUAAAGUGCUGCCUCAACUUACUUUAAAAGGUCCCAAGGACAAAGUGCUCGGUGAGGCCAGGUGCUGGCGCAGUCUCCAGGGUGUGGACUGGGCGGAAAAAGCCAGGACUAAGGAAAAUACUAUACAACCAAAACAGAGUUAUUGCUGGGUGAGAAACGGAAACAAUCUUUCUGGGAAAGUUAGCUGGCAUAUUUAAGAGACCAUUAAGUACAAUAUUUUUCUUUUCUUUGUUUUUAAAGCAGUGUCUCUCUAUGUA